AGGAGUGUGUGACCCACUCGCCCAUUUACCAGGCUGGAGCACAUGGAGCAGAGAUCUCUCCAUGACUCCUAUGAAACAUGGAUCAUACAACUACAAAACCACCUAUAACCAUCCACCUGUUACACAAGAUUCGGACAAGUCCAGCUCGCACAUGAUCUCCGCAGAUGAUGCCGAGUACCCCAGGGAGUACCGAACCCUGGGGAACGGUACGCGGCGCUUUUCCAACGUGGGCUUGGUGCACACCUCGGAGCGGCGGCACACGGUCAUUGCUGCGCAAAGCCUGGAGGCACUGACUGGCAUGCAGAAGUCGGACAUGGAGAGGAAGAGGGAAGCAUUCCUGGAUCACCUGAAGCACAAGUAUCCUCACCACGCCACGGCGAUUCGAGGGCAACAGGAGCGCCUGAGGGAACAGCAGGGCUUCGAGGCUUGGAGUGCCUGCGAGUUCAGGGAUGGAGCGAACAAGAUCGAGGCCAAGACUCGGAGUCCCAGACAUUCCCAGAGCCAGCAGUCAGGACUGGCGGACCAGGCAGCCAAGCUUCCAUUCGCUUCAGCAGAGUCUUUGGAAACCAUGUCGGAGGCAGAGGUUCCCAUCGGAUUCACUCGAUCUAAUCGCUUCCGACAGAGCCUGCCUCUGUCCAGGUCCACAAGUCAGGCCAAGCUCCGGUCACCAGGAGUGCUAUUCCUCCAGUUUGGUGAAGAAACACGGAGGGUCCACAUCACUCACGAAAUCAGCAGCAUGGACACCCUGCACGCUCUGAUCGUCCACAUGUUCCCACAGAAGCUCACCAUGGGCAUGCUGAAGUCCCCUAAUACUGCCAUCCUUAUUAAGGACGAGACCAGAAACAUCUUCUAUGAGCUGGAGGAUGUGAGGGAUAUUCAAGAUCGAAGUAUAAUAAAGAUAUUCAGGAAAGAUCCCAUUUAUGCACCAUAUCCGGCUUCCCAUAUUGCAAAUGGAGAUCUAAGGAGAGAGAUGGUUUACACAUCAAGAGAGUCCUCUCCCACCCGUCGCCUCAGCAGUGUCGCGUCUGGCUCCCCCCACCUUGUGUCAGCCUCCCCAUCAUCGGGCCUGCAGUCGUCAUCCCCCUCCCGGUCACGGAUGUCGUACAGUGGCGGACGCCCCCCCUCCUACACUGGGAGCCCUGUCCACCAUGCUGAGCGGCUGGGCGCCUUGCCUCACUCGCAGCCCGCCUCGCCCAGCCCCAGUGCCAUCCUGGAGCGCCGGGACGUCAAGCCAGACGAAGACAUGGGCAACAAGAACGUGGUGCUGAUGAAACACGAGAGCCUGUAUGCAGACCCCUACAGUGCAGCGCAUGAAGGGCGCUUGAGCAUUGCGUCCACGCAGUCUCUGGCUGGGCUACAAGACCCCUUUUCUUAUCCCAGCGGUCUGUACCGGCGAGGUUCUGUCAGGUCACUCAGCACCUACUCAGCUGCAGGGCUGCACGGCGACCUGGACGACCCCUUCUACAAGCCCAGCCCACCGAUUUAUAGUGAUGGUUACGGCACCGGCCUUGGCUACCGGAUGGCUCCCUCGUCGCCGCAGAAGAUCCCCGACAGCAGGUUGAUAGAUGCCCAGCAGGGUCAGAGCCCGCACAGUCCCUACUCCGGACCCUCUGGCAGGUCCCCGCCGGUGCGCCCGUCUUUCCGCAAGGACCCAGCCCCCGCCGGAACCGAGCCCACGGGGGCUAAACCCCGGAACGCUAGCCCAGCUGCGGCCGCGGCCGAUGUUCUUCCAGGACCCUCGGAAAGAGCAGGGACGACUGAGCGUCCAGCGUCCGGCUACAGCUCCCCCUUGGCUGUCAAUGACCCAGAGACAAGGGAACGGAUGGAAGCCAUGGAGAAACAGAUUGCUAGUUUGACAGGACUAGUACAAAACGCACUUUUACGAGGGAAUGAUGGAGAAUCUGCCAGCGAUAAAUCUGAAUCGAUAAAUGACAGCUCAGGCACUGGAACUCUGAGCCCGUCUGUCCGCAGUACCGUUCCUGGCACCAGAUCCGUCAGCCAUCCCACUGCCAUCACCAGGCUUCAGAUGCAACUCCACCUACACGACCUCCAGCAGAACGCUGGCGACCUUCGAACCCAACUCCAGCAGCUGCGCAAGCUCCAGCUGCAAAGCCAGGACACCAUGAAGCACAUGAUGAAGCGCUUGGAAUCGGAGAUAAGCAUCAGAGUGUCAGAGGCUCUGCGGAAGCAGGAAGACCCCUUGCACCGCCAGCGUGCUCUGGUAGAGGAGGAGAGACAGAAGUAUUUGAACGAGGAGGAAAUGAUUGUGCAACAACUGAAAUGCCUCCAAGUACUCUGUAACCUCACCCUUGACAAUCAACUCCAACAACUUCCCAACCACCGAUGUCAAGCUAACAGUGACUUAGAGAAGUCGGUGGACGAUUUGCAACGGGAUGCGGCCUUGAGUCAGCGACUGAUUACAGGGCCAGAACUGGAGGAGAAGGCACUGGUCUUGCGACAGCUGAGCGAGACCCUCACCGACCUGAAGGCCCAGUUCCCGAGUCUUCAGAGUAAGAUGCGGGUGAUCUUGCGUGUGGAGGUGGAGGCAGUGAAGUUCCUGAAGGAGGAGCCUCACAGACUGGAUGUUCUGCUGAAACGCUGCAAGACCAUCACUGACGUCCUGGCCACACUUAGAAAUUGCUCGCCUUCUGCUUCAGCCCAUCUCGGGGAGGUCUACCCAAGACGGUUUGGCAGACAGCCAACUGAGGUGUUGAUGAAAGCUGAAGAAACCACUGCCCAGUCACCGAAGCACACAAGCACAGAUUCUCACUCCAGGAGCUUGGAAUUUGAAAUUCCCACCAGCCCUCCCUUAGCAAAGAACUGGCAGAACCAUGAUCCCAGCUUAGCCCAGUUCUCCCAGAGUUCCCCGGCUCAUGCUGCUCCUUCCCAGAAUCCACAGGGAGCAACUGGGCAGAACAGCUCAGCGGAAGAGGUCCCCGCUCCGGGCAAGAGGAACUCUGAUCGAACCGUCUCUGUGGAGGCGGCCGAGCGGGACUGGGAUGAGAAACGCGGCAGCCUGCCUUCCUUCAGUAACAGGGAUAUUAACCGGCUGCUGGAGGAGACCCAGGCCGAGUUGAUGAAGGCCAUCCCCGACCUCGGCUUCGCCAGCAAACCGAAAGUAGCUGCCGCGGCAGACCAGAAACAAGCAAAGCCGCAACACGCCCAGAAAACGGUCGCCAAGGCAGAGGCCAAUGGCCGACGGCACUCAGAGGAGCUGACGGUCCACAAGUACAGGACUGAAAAACCCUCCAAGUCACCACCUCCACCUCCGCCACGCCGCAGUUUCCCCUCGUCCCACGGACUGACCACGGGCCGCACCGGGGAGGUGAUCGUCACGAAUAAAAAAGAAACCACACUCAAGAAGGCUGACUCAGACGAGACUGACACACAGAGACCACACGUCAAGCUCCGUAGAACCAUGUCGGAGGCAAGACCUCCGUCAACUCCGCCGCCGAUCGCGGCCUCAGCCAUUCGAGAUGACGAGGAUGAGGAGGACAGGAUCAUGGCAGAGUUGGAGGUGUUUCAGAGAAGCCCUGUGGCAGUUUCAGGUUCGAGAGCAGUAAGUGAACAGGCAUUACUCAGCACAGAUACCAGGUCUUGCAGGCUUUUCCAGCCGGCUGGAGGAUGGAAGGAGAUGCAGGUCCCAAGAUCCCCAGGCUCCGCUCACAUUGUGUUGACCAAGUGCAAACCCAGCUCCUCAACCUCCUCUGCUGUGCCGGAGCCUGUUCUUCCUGGAGAAAUGGUGGAGGCGCCGGAUGGGAGAGUGGAAAAUGGUGCAACAGCUGGAGGGGGGACAGGUUCAGCUGCUGUCCAGAAUCAACAAAAUUGGGCCACUUCCGAAACCUGGGCACGAGCUAUCCCAGCCAGAAUAGUGUUGGAGGAAUUUGCACUGCUCGAAGCUGACCUUGUCCAGGACAUCCAGACCCAGAUGGAGUCCCCUUCAAUGGCCCAAGAGAAUCUCCUGGAAAUCUCGUCUUCAUCUCCCUCUGAGGUUGCCUCCAAUAACAUUGAGGUAGUGUUGUCAGCCAGUAAUGCUGAAAAAAAUGUGGCUUUUAUGGAAAAUCAGAACCCAACUUUAUCUUGGCCAGAAGUUCAGGGAAUCAUACAUGAAGAAGGUGAAGAUAUCCAAACAUGCAAUGUUUCUUCCUCAAAGGAAGAAAAUCCAGGGGAUCUUCUAACUCCAUCUGAAAGGCAGCCGGGGGAGAUAUCGUCAUUGAGCAUGAGGCCUGUUGUGGCCAUCUUUGGAGAACCUUUGGACAUCAGAACUGCCCAGAAGAGGCUUUCCACUGUCUUUGAAGAUCAGAAUGAAGAUUUUCAGAUGUUGAUGAGAGAGAAAGAUUCCAUUGAAGAAACGCCCGAUUUGCCUAUCCCAGCAGAAUCCCCGAUGCCUUUCUUUGUCAGUGAAGUAAGUGACUGCAUUUCCCCGGGGAAGUCGGAGCCUUCAACCUCUGAGAGCGGUGUCUCUUCUGAGAAGGACCUUGGAGAAUCCAGCUCAAACUCUAGAACUCUGGAUGAUACAGAGCAGAAAGACGAGAACUCAAGGGACAUCAGGGCCAGUCUUCCUGAGCCACAGCAGAAGGAGCUUGAUAAAGGCUCUGAGUUAGGGCCAGAGGCGAGCAGGAAGGUCCUGCAAGUUGUUGUUUAUGAAGAGGAGGAGAAGAUCAACACAGUGACAGGUCAGAAGCAAACAGAAGUGAAGAAGUUAAAGGUCGAUGACAUUGGGCACGUCAGGAGUAGGACACUGAGGAACCAGACCUCCGCAGCAGCUUUUGCUAGGACUGAGGAGAUCAGGAACAGCACCUACAAAACCAUGGACAGCCUUGAGGAAACCAUCAGAGAGUUGGAGUCCACCAUUUCCCAAAUCAGCCAGCACCCAUGCACCGAGUUUCUCUUCCCCAGAGAGUUUCUGCAUGCCCCUGAAGCCUGUGAGCUGAGAGGAAAGCCGGUGGGGAGUCCCGGGAAUGACGCAGACGGUGAGCCGGCUGCUGCAAGAGGAGGGGAAGAUGCAAAUGAUUCCUCUUGUCCCAAGAGCCAGCCAUGCCUCGUGCCCUCUGAUUCCAGGAAGAGAACAUCGCCAACCACCAGGGUCAAGCCGAGCCUUUUCCCUAAACCCCAACUGCUGCCUCCAGAUCCAAAGAGCGGGGGCCGACUGCCAAUCCCUCCUGCCCCGAAACUCAAACAACAGCCGAGAUGUGAGAAGCCAACACACAGUAAGCAGCGGGACGAGUAUCUGAGGAUGCACAGUGAGCCCAGCUCCCAGCAGUAAAGUCCAACGUUCUUCCCUCCUCCCUCUGUAACGAUGAUGGGACUUCUUGUGCGUAAGGCUCAGAAGGUUUACCAGGGGCGGCCUCUCUGUCAAGACUACGUAAACACAAGAGAUUCUGCAGACGCUGGAAAUCCAGAGAAACACACACGAAAUGCUGGAGGAGCUCAGCAGGUCAGGCAACAUCUAUGGAGGGGAAUAAACAGUCAACGUUUUGGGCCAAGGCCCUUUGUCAGGUGAAAUGAUCAGAUCCUGAUGAAGGGUUUAAGCUCAAAAUGUCGACUGUUUAUUCCCCUCCACAGAUGCUGCCAGACUUGCUCAGUUCUUCCAGUGUUUUGUGUGUGUUCCUCUGACAAGACUGUUUGUCUCCCUGAAUCCUUGUAGAUGGGUCAGGGAGAUCGACUCCAGACCCUGCUGCGCCUCCCAUUUCAGAUUUGCUGCCUGUCCCAAAGUUCUCCCAAACAAUCUUGUAGACCUGGCCUUGCCCCAAAUGUGCCAUUACUCCUGACGCUGAUACAUGCAGCCGGUGCAGUAAUCAGUAACCGAGACCCCUAAUAACCCUUUCCAUUCCUACGUUUCUCCCAACCCCGUCCCUUCCCAAAACUCUUGCUUCCAUUCUUCUCUUCCUGACCCCUUUUCCUGCUUCCCUGCAACUCUGAAGAAACUUACGGCUUCAAGCAAUGUGAUCCUCUCUGCAAUCUCCCCCACCUCUCCCCCUCCCGUCUUCUCCCCAUCCCUGCACUUUCCUGCCUCUCCCCUCUCUCCUCCAUCCCUUCUCCUGCUCUCUCCUCUCUGCUCUGCCCUCUCCUGCCCAUUCUCUCCUCACGCACUCUUCUCCCCAUAACCCCCGCCACCCUCUCCUAUAUCUCCCCCCCAGCCACACCAGUCAAGGGGAACUGCGCGAAGAGGAGGGUCGAUUUACCGCGAGCGGUGCUGUGGCACCCCGGCAUCAGCCAGCCACCCGCUUUCACCCCAGGAUGCCAAGUGUGGUCAGAGCCGUAGUGUGUUAAUAUUGAGAACAGCACCAUAUAUCACAGGGUCGAAAGAUGUCACGCAACAAAAACCAAAACCUUGCAUUAAAAUCUCAUCACUUAGCAUGUUGUAUGGGUUGGACUUUUGUAUCUGAACAAGUGCAAAUAUAUCUCUUGUUUUAUGUCUUAUCUAUUAUCUGUUGCAUGGUGGUCAGUUCUGGGCGAUAGCACAGUCCAGGCCCUUCGGCCCACAAUAUUGUGCCGACUUUUUAACCUACUCUAAUAUCAACCUAACCUUUAUUCCCACAUAACCCUCCAUCAUCCAUGUGCCUGUCUAAGAGUUUUUUAAAUAUCUGCCUCUACCACCACCCCGGCAGGGUGUUCCACGCACCCAGUGCUCUCUGCGUAAGGACCUCUGACACCCCUAAUCAGCUUAAAAUUGGUUCCACCAUUCAAUAAAAGUGAGCACUCCACAGUCUGUAUCUUCUGCCUCAUCUUCAUUUCAUCUGGCACUAUUCACUAGAGGGCAGAUAGUCAGCUUGAUUUCUCUACUGUGUCCGAGAACAUUGAUUAUGAUGUAGUCGUGGAAGAAGGGGCGAAUCCAAGUCUUCAGACGCCCUGCCUCAGAGUGUGACUGCACUUUAGCUUCGGUGCAUUCAGGGCCCUUGUUUGAGAGCAAAAUGUAACCAGCCUCUCCCAAUGGUUGCCCUCCAUCCCUCAAGUUGGCCCCUCAUCACGAGUGUCCGGAUUAGAAUCAAAUUUAUUUUGUAAAUUAAAGAUAGCACAAUAUGGUGAUAACUCAAAUUGCUCAGACCAGGAUGUACAAUGUAAAGCAAACUGAGGGCUCUGAUUUGCUGCCGUGUUGAUAGUUUCCAACAUUUUGACUUGUUUGAAUCCUCACUGCCUUUUUGCCCUUGUCCUCAGUGUUUCUGCUCACACACUCCCCCAUCUCCAGUUGGCGUAACGCAUUAUGGCUCUGAAAUGUAUCUCAGCGUUGAUUUCAAACCAGCCCUGCUCAGUAGUUGUAUUCGUCUAGAUAGAGGCUGGACCAUAGUGAACUGGAUAACUUUACCGUGAAAUAGGUUUUAAGAAAUCACAGAUACGAUAUUUACAAAAGCACAGGAUUUAAAAUAAAUAGAAUAUGAAGAAUGUUUUAUUUCUAUUAAUAUCUAGAAGUGUAGAGUAUCACUGGCAGAGUCUAUGUAUUCACUUAUUCUUUUUGUAUAUUGUCUGGAAGUUUUUGUACAAAGAAUCGUAUUCACAAAGCAAUUAAUUGGAAUUACAGUAAGUUUCUUUACAUUUUAAGUGAAGUCUUUUAACACUUUGUAUUGAGUUUGUGUGAAUUGUACCUGACUGCUUUGUGUUUGAAUGUGGCUUGUGAGGAAGGGUAUGGUUCUGUAGAGUUCCCACUCACAGCUGGACUUCCUCAGGACAAACUCACAGUUCACUUCGCUCAUUCUGUAGGAGCGGAGAAAGAUCUUUCAGUGAAUGACUUUAAUUCAAAGGUUUUAUUUCUGUGGAGACUGGGAGAGGGACUUAUAUUUUCAGUUCUUUAAUCAAUGGAAAACCAAUUGACUGUCUUCUGUCUGUACUUCAGGAGACGGAGAAUUAAUUGAAGACAAUGUCCCUUGUGACUGGUUUAUAUUUCCAGGCAUUACAAUGCAGGGAUGAACAGUCUCCCCACCCACUGCCCCCGUGACUGGUGAUAACAAGGUCCUGCUGCUGAGUGGAGAAGCAAAUUCCCCUUCUGUAUUCUAAAUGAGACGAUGCAAUAUCUGUGUUACUUUUUGCUCUCUGUGCCUGAACCUUUCAAAAUGUGUUCAUCCGUGUGAGUGAAUGAUAACAUAAAGCUUACCAAGAAUACUUGCUGAUUAAAAUUGGAUCAAUUCAUUCCUGGGCCUACCUAGCUCAAUAGGAGUUUCAAUAAUUCUCAAUAAUUCCGCAUAAUAUUUUGCCAGGCACAAUAUCUUCACCAAAUGCUUGAAAUCUUUAAGAGCAUGAAGUGUUGGAGAAAAAAUAACAUCUUUAUUAAAAUUGUACUUUGAUAGAAUAAUUAAACAAUUCUGAAAUGUUAGCCCAAAAGAUUAGAUUUUUGUGUUUCUGAACGAUUACAUGGGGAAGGGAGUAGGCACGGUAGGCUGCUUCAAAUUUAACGUUUUUACAUUGCCAAGCUGUUCAAACCACUGCAACGGUUUUAGAAUUGGAAAUUGACUGGUUAGGAUAAUCCAUAAGGUAACCAGGACGGUUCAGGUUGAGGAAGUUUUUUCAUUUUAAAUGUCCCACACUCUUAAAGGCAGUGUGGACUAACUUUCACUGAAAACUCUCUUAGCUUUAUUCCAGCAAGGUACAUUUUUCAGAGUAUCAGGCAGUCUGAUUGUCAAUAGCAGCAUUAGCAGGACAACAGAAGAAAGCAGAAACACUGAAACACAGCUAGGGGAUUUCUCACUCAAUGCACAAGUGUUAGCAUUGUUUCCCUGCACUUACCACUAACUAGUUUGUACAUAAGAAAUCCACUUCACCCUGAGUAUAUUUAAAAUUAUUUAUUUAAAAUAAUUCAUAGUUAUAUCAAAUGCAAUGGAAAGCUAGCCAAAAAAUUAUAUUUUUUAACAUUGUCACAAAGACCUCCUCCCUCACAGAGACAAAAAAUGCAAACCUUAACACGGUCGCAAGCCAAUGAACUGUGACAUCAUCACAUGGUAUCUAAACAUUUGCUGUUGAAGGACUGAAUGGGCUGAGAAUGUCUGUCUGCUCGGGACUUUAUCCUUCCUCAUUCAAUUACAAGGCAAUGAUUGUUUCAAGAUGUAUAUAAAGUGUGUGUUUAGAAGAAAAAAAGUUUAAAAAACUCUAUUUAAGCAAAAUGUAAAAGUGAAAAAAAUAUAAAAUGCCUUUUUUUUGCCUUUUUUAUGCAUUAAUUUUUUUUUACAUGAAUGUGGACAUUUUUCAUAGUUUCCUGAACAAUGUGUCAGCAAUCAUAUAAAACAUCACAAACUCACUUUAUUCCUGCUUUUAAAUAAUAAAGGUUCUAAAUAUGCAUGUAUAUGCUAAAAAACUGCACGCUGCAUCUAGAUUAGUGUCUGUCUGUGAAUCUUCCGAUCUAAAGAAAUAAAGAAUGUGAAAAUCUGGAUACAAUAGGAACAUUUUUGUUUAUAGACUGUGCUUAUUUUUUUUCUCCUGAUGCAUGGGGCUUUACUGAAUUAUCAGUACAAGCUGUGAUUGGUUAUUGUAUUGAGCAUAUCUACAGAGUUUUUGUAAGAGGAGAUCUUCCAUUUGUAGAGUAGUGAGAUGUGUACUGAGUCAAUGCCAUGACAAUCUGUAAUUAAUGUGGUUUCUGUGAAAGAUGAAAUAAAGGGAUUGCAUUUUUGUAAAGGUA